AUGCAAGACGGAAAAUUUAAAUGGACUUUACAUGAAGAAGUGAGAGUUAUUUGGGAAUUGCAUCUGGAAGUUGAGCUACUGCAACUUUUAUGGGGAUUUAAUUACAUGAUGUUGUCUAUGCAAACUUCAAUUUAUCAGUUUCGUUUAUUUAAUUUAACUACUCAAAAUAAAUGGUUGAUUAAUUGUAUCAUGUUGAGUAAAUAUUUGAUUACGAUUACAAUUCAAGUGAAUUUAAUUAACGAGAAAUUGGAAAAAGAUAUUUUGCUGAGUAGAAAACAUUUUAUCGACUCGAUUUGUUUAUUCUUUAGAAUAGUUAAAAAAUUGUGCAAAACUUCAAUUUUCGUGCGAAAACAUUCCGCUGAGCAACAGAAAUCUUCCGAAUGUAUGAUAAAUUGA